AUGACAAUUCUCAACCCUAAUACAGCUAUUGUGCCCUAUACAUCUGAUAUUAUUAACAAAGUUGAUAUGUUCCAAAUAUGUGACUCACCAGAAUGUGGAAAUUUCUUUCCUCUAACUUCGUAUCCUCCAUAUAUUGCCAAUAUUUCUUCUAUCCCAACUCAAGGAGGUAUCAUUACUGUAAAAGGUAUAUCACUUCUAUCAUUACCACCAGUAAGUUCAAAGAUCUAUUUUCAUAACAGGUAUUCUCUAAAUGAAAGUGAUACUAAUGCAGAUGGAACUGAAAUACAUUUCAAUGCCGAUCAGAAUAUUAUCUCUUUAAUCUCUGGUCAAAAUAUUCCAAUUUAUCUCCAAAUAAGUCGAUUUCGAACAAUAACUAUGAGAUUUUAUUUUUUUAAUCAAAAAUAUUUUUCAUUCCAAACACCAACAAUUUCAUUGGUGGAAUUUAAUAAAGAUACCAAUCAAAUUACAAUGACUGUAACAAAUUUCGGUGUAAAUGGAUUUCCAUUAACAUUGACUUCGAAUGAUCCAGUUGUAACAUCAGUAACCUCUACUUCAUCAUCUGUUUCAAUCCUUGUUGGAGGUUAUACAUGUACAGUAUUGACACUGAAUGACCCAACAAAUUCAUUUAUUGAAUGUUCUAUUCCAGAAAUUCCAAAUGAUUCAAAGAAUUAUAAUUUAUCAGUGGUUGUUAACAUUAAUGGAAAGCAUUCCAAUAGUGAUAUAUUAUUCUCUGCCGAUCUUUCAAAUGUCCAAGAAGUAUCACAUGAUAGUGGAAAUACAAUUAUUAUCGGUUCAUCUUUUGGCAACGAUAAUAAAUCAAUUGUCUUACAUUUCAAUGGUAGUACUCCAAUGUCACCGAUCUCCGUUUCCGACUCGAUGUUAACAUUUAAAUUUCCAACAAACACACCAUCUGGAGUAUACAAGGGGAACACACUGACCAAAUUCAACACACCACCAACUGUUCCAUUUAAGAUAACAAUUCAACCAUACAUCACAUCAAUAACAUCACCACCAACAAAAGGUGGAAUUGUAACAAUCAGUGGUCAAUAUAUGACUUCCAACAUCCAAGGAAAUGAGAAUAUCACUGUGAUUAUUUAUGAUACCAAAUCAAAUCUUAACACUCCAUGUUCAAAUGCAACGAGAUUGAACAGUACCAGUGUUACCUGUAUUGCACCAGAAGGAAGUGGAACAUCCGCUUAUUUGCAACUUCAAUUGAAUGGUAUCAGUUCAACUGUAAUGAGUGGAUUGAGUAUGGUCUCCCAAUUACCUAAAAUACUAUCGACCACUUCAGAAUCACCAUACAAUAGUGGAAUGAUAAGCAUCUAUCAAACUAAUUGCAAAACUUAUUUAUUUUUCUUAAUUUAUUACAACCUAAAGAGUUUUGUAUCAUAA